AUGUCCGAGAAAAUGAAUCCAUUGAAUUAUUUAAAUCAAAUAAAGCAAGCUUAUCUAACAAUAUAUUUUGAUAUGCAACAAUUAAUAGCAAGACCGAAAUCUAUGAAACUAAUACUCAGAUUGUUCUUCCUUUUUCUUUUUGUAGCUUCAACCACCCACAAGAACAACAGCUUCAUGUGCUACGAAAUGAACUCUUCCUUCCAUCCUUUUCGGUAUCAUAUGGUUGCCCAUUUAAAUUGA